CCUCUCGGAKUCGACUUCCUGGAUACGCGCUGAGCACAACAGCUCUCUAGGAUUUGAUAUUAUCUUCUUUAAAACCCYAAAUUUUCAUUCCAUCGUGCUUAUUCACGGGCUGAAACUCGUUUUAAAGGACAAAUGCUUAUUGCUGCGGUGUUACCGAUGAUAACGUAGCAGGACAUCAGGGGCGGAGGGCAGAGAAGCGAGAGAGAAAGAGAGAGAGAGCGCCACGUCAUUGAUCGAGCGAGGCAGAAAAAUCAACGCGCAGCUCGUCCCCCCCGCUGUGGACGCAGAGAUUAGACGGUGACCGGUCCUCCAGUGGGCUUCAAAGUGCAGCUGCCCCUGCCUUGUGCUUUAUUUUUGUCGGUAAAUUACCCGUCUCGCAAGAGGCGCCACACAGCAACCAAAAAUGACGACGUCUAACUGGGGCCUGAUCAUGAAUGUGGUGAACAGCAUCGUUGGAGUCAGUGUGCUCACCAUGCCUUUCUGCUUCAAACAGUGUGGGAUAGUGCUGGGAACUUUCCUGCUGUUCUUCUGUUCCUGGAUGACCCACAAGUCCUGCAUGUUCCUGGUCAACACAGCCAGCUCCACCAAACGAAGGACCUACGCUGGCCUGGCUUUCCAUGCUUAUGGGAAACCGGGAAAAACUCUGGUGGAAACAAGUAUGAUCGGUUUGAUGCUGGGGACCUGCAUUGCCUUCUACGUUGUCAUCGCUGACUUGGGCUCAAAUUUCUUUGCUCAGCUGUUGGGUUUGCAGGUGACGGGCAGUUUUCGCGUGCUGCUGCUGAUCGCCGUGUCGCUGUUCAUCGUCCUGCCUCUGAGCCUGCAGAGGAACAUGAUGUCCUCCAUCCAGUCCUUUUCAGCCAUGGCGCUCAUGUUCUACACCCUCUUCAUGUUCACGAUAGUGUUGUCGUCUCUGCGCUACGGCAUAAUCUCGGGCUCCUGGCUGAAGCAGGUGCACCUGUGGCGCUGGAAGGGCGUCAUUCAGUGCCUUCCCAUWAUCGCCACAACCUUCUGCUGUCACCCGCAGGUGCUGCCRACCUACGACAGCUUGGAUGAGCCGUCAGUCAAACGCAUGAGCACCAUCUUCACCUCGGCUCUCAACGUGGUCACAAUAUUUUACAUCACCGUGGGCUUUUUCGGCUACGUCAGCUUCACAGAGCAAAUCGCUGGCAACGUGCUGAUGAACUUUCCAUCCAACCUGGUGACCGAAAUGAUCCGUGUGGGCUUCAUGAUGUCUGUGGCAGUUGGAUUUCCCAUGAUGAUCUUGCCCUGCCGCCAGGCUAUCAAYACCAUGCUUUUUGAGCAGCAGUGGAAACCAUCCUGGGUCUGACUGGUGCCACCAUGGGCAGUCUCAUAUGCUUCAUCUGUCCUGCUCUCAUCUACAGAAAGAUCCAGAAGAAUGGCUGUGUUUCUCAGCUCGUGCUGUGUGUUGGCCUCGGCAUCCUGCUCAUCAGCACCUUUACCACUCUCUCAAUAUCRGCCCGUACCUCCAGCUCCAGUGUCCAAAUUCAUCCUCCCCCAGCAGCUGACAGGAGCAGGCAGCCGCUACCAGAACUCUCCGAACCGCACGACGAACUCCCAGAAAAAGAAGUGAUGAAAGAAAAUCCUGGUCUUCCAGCUGCGGAUGGAAAGAACAAUCAGGACGAGCCUCCUCAAAUCAAAGGACCGGUCGAACUUCCUGAUAGAGAGGAGGAGAAGGUGGUGCAGGUGGACCGCCCAGACGCCGGYGUCGCGCUGCCGGAGGGAGAAGCCCAUCGCCACGAACCACCCAUCCCCCACGACAGCGUCAGGGUGGACUCGAGAAAAAACGAAGCCGAGCUGGAAGAGGAAAAGAAGAAAGCGCCCGCUGAGAGCGUGGAGGACAAACCAGAAGUUCCUGAGCAAGAAAUUCCUCUAAAGAUGGAAGACCGAAAAGAGGCCRAGGUUGAGGAGAAACAGGCGGAGGCAGCUGCGCGAAACGAACCGGAGAAAGCAGGCGGUCACGUCGUGUCUAACGAGGUGCUGGAGAAGGUAGAAGGCCGAAAGGAAGAUGGAGCUCCACUGAAGGGGGUGGAACAUCUUGAUCCCGUUAAACAUGCAGAAAACGCAGCCAAUCAGGCUGCAGGCGCACAAGUUAACAAGGCUGCCAAACCUGCAGAAAAAGCUGCACUUCCUGAGGGAGAGCAUCAUCCUGCUGAAAGAGCCGCAGACAGCAAAGAUACAGCAGAUGAAAAGAUGGAGGUGAUAAAAAAGCUGGUUGCAGAGGGCCAGCUUGACCACGUCGUGCUGCUGCAGGUGAUCAAGGAGCAGCAAGAGCAACAGAAGAGACUUCUUGACCAGCAGGAGAAAUUACUGGAUGUCAUAAAAGAGCAACACAAGGAAAUSCACCAGAAACAACCUCCUGGAGCUGCUGAGGUGGAUGCGGAGAAAGGCAUUCCAGAGGGUGGAGCAGUGAAGCCCAGAGAGUCUGGCCUGGCGUCAGAGGCGAGAGGAGYCGGAGCUCCACAGGCUGCAGGAGACGAGGCUCACGCUGCGCCUCAGAAUCAGGCUCCAGCCGGGGAUACAGCAGCUGAAGUCGAGGGGGCUAAAGCAGACACUCCAGCACCCUACAAGGAAGACGACAACGCUGCACCUGGAGGAGAGUCUCAGAAGCAGAGGGAGCUGGGAGCAAGAGGGGUGCCCCUAGGAAAGAAACAAAAUGAUGACAGACCACCCGCGGCUCGAAAUGAUCAGGCUCAACAAGUCAAARUUGAAGACAGAAGCAUAGAUAAAGAAAAAGAAAAGAGUGAAAAUCGUAUAGAAAAWGUACAAAAAGAUAAAGUUGAUGGGCAGGUAAAGGAAAAGGUGGCCAAAGAACAGGAGCUGGAAAGGGUAAAACUAGAGAAAGAAGAGCUGAAGAGGAAGGAAAAGCUGGCCCUACAACAGCAGUUAGAGAGGGAUGAAAAGGAGAGGAUAAGAAAAGAAGUUCUAGCAAGGGUGGAGAAGGAGCGACUGGAGAGGGAGAAGAGAGAGGAGCUGGAGCGGGAGAAGAGAAAGGAGCAGGAGAGGGAGAAGAGAGAGGAGCAGGAGAGGGAGAAGAGAGAGGAGCAGGAGCGGCUGGAGAGGGAGAAGAGAGAGGAGCAGGAGCGGCUGGAGAGGGAGAAGAGAGAGGAGCUGGAGAGGGAGAAGAGAGAGGAGCAGGAGCGGCUGGAGAGGGAGAAAGCGGAGCUUCAGAGAGCAGACAGCGAAAUAAAGGAGCGAGUGAAGAAAGUGCUGCAGGCGGAGGAGACUCAGGAGAGGCUGGCCGUGCAGCACAGGGCCGGAGAAGCCAAAGUUACAGACGAGGCGGCGCAGGGGGGCGAGGGCAAGCCUUUGAAAAACGGAGGCCGAGACCUCAAAGAACAAGCUGCUGCUCAGGCGGACCCCGGAGAAGGGCUGGAAGAUAAUGGGGCCAUCAAAGCUGAGCCCCGCCCCCAGAGCUCCAACGAGAAGGCGAGGGAGCAGGAAGACACGGAUCUGAGGCGGAGGCGGAGGGAGCUGGGACCUGGAGAGGCUGCAGCCCCCCCGGAGGACUCGGCAGAGCUACGAGGGCUUCCUGGGCUGGAGCCUCUGCUGGAGCUGGGGGGCUCAGACCUGCACGCUGCCCUGGAGCAGCAGCUGCUGGCCGGCGCCGUGGUGCACUCCAGACAGAUGAAACAGACCACAGAGAAUGAUGAUGGAACAAAAUAACACACAUCAGAAACACACACACACACACACAUACAUACACACACAUACAUACACAUAUUUCAUGGCCUGAAAGCACAUUCUCAUACUGUGGACCA